AAUGGAGGCAACAGUAGCAGCAGGAUCUUGAAAUUACUACAAAGGGUUGAAGUGUUUUAUGAGAAGCUCUCUCAGCGGCCUCAUCCAAUUCUAACCAGAACAUCCAGGACAAGGGAUAAACACUGGUCUAGUUGGGCCAACAACAACAGCAACAGCCUAAUAUAGGGCAAAGAAGUCACAACGUGAAGGACUAGGUGAUUGGUGCGCUGAUAUUGUCUUGAUCUCAAACAAAGUACCAGUAAUGCAGUUUGGAGUCGAAUACUAUCGCAAAUAUGCAAUGGAACAAACGCUUUUCUUCCAACAUUCUGCACUACAUCUCUUUGGAUCCAUCAACAUGGCAUCCAUUUACCCUCGAUUUGAGCACACCUUCAAAACGAGCAACACUUCUAUCGCUAUUAACAAUGCAUCUACCACUGCAUCCACUACAGCUGCUGCUUCACAGAAGAAAAAUAUACUUUCAACUCCAUCCUCUGUAUCAACAGGAGCAGGGGGAACAGGGAUAGGGAUAGAAUCUUCCGCCUCUGAUGCAGAGGCUGCAUCAAUACUGGAUAAGGAUAGUAAGGAGCAAUCCAAAGUACUAGUAGUAUCGCUGUCUAGAAAAGAGCGCCAAGGUCCAAUGGAGACUUCGACUUACCAAGAAAGAAAAGCCCCUUCAUACCUGAACUUUGUCAUGCUGCCUUUCGACUCGACUCUCAUAUCUGGGGCGCCUUCUACAAUCUCUUCAACAACCUUAAGCAAUAAAGGCGGCUCAGUAAAAUCAAAUACAGCACCAACAUCAAUAUCAGCAUCACACUCUUCGAAAAAUAGUCAUGACAAUAGCAAUAGUUCGCCAGCAUCAUCCUUGAUGGCAUCGAUAAUGUCAAAUCUGUCUAUUUCCUUCAAUCGCCCCGAUAUUUUGAGUGCUUCUUUCAUGGACCCCUCUCAGGAUGUCUUUGGAAUCAUUAUUCACGAUCAGGAAAGAUGGAAAGUCUGGAGCAAAGGUCUGAGGAACAAGAUUUUAUCGCUCUCCAUGCGUCCCCAUGGCGGACCUGCGCUCGGACCGAGGAACCGGCCUGGCAUUGUUUCUGAGCGUGAAUGGCUCCGAUACGCGUCAUGGACAUGGGAUACAAUACGAAAAGCUGAUUUCUUAUCAGAAUAUGCCCGUGCUGUCAAACUAUCGCGGGAAGGAUAGCGUCGAAUUUCGACGCGUAUCAAGAGCCUGUCAAUAAAUAAAAAAAAUCAAUUAUAUCAAUGCUUUGCCUUGUGAUCGCAACUCUUUCUAACAUUCCACCACGUAAAUUAUUUAUAAAUGGGUGCUA